GAUCAGAUGACCAAAUCCUCCUCCAGCUCGGCGCUCACGGCGACUUUGAGGAGCAGAAGAAACACGAGUACAUCAACGGGUUACGUCAUCUCUUGACAGACUUUCGCAACCGCAAAGUCAAGGAUUUCCAAACCAUCAGCCAGGGCAUUAUUGACUACCGAGCCCAAUUCCUCGGAGACAGGAGCAAGAUUCUCCCACUGGGCGGCGUUACGAUUUGACGUGACCUUGUCAUGAAGCCUAUCCCAUUUUCACCCUUCCCCCUAUAACCACCCCGAUGCGUAACUCUAACCUAACCUUUCUUCACACUUAUCUUGCGUAAGAGAUUUAAGCCAUUCUAUCCAUUUCACAACAUUAGCUGGCGUCGGAAUCGGAGUUGCAUCCAAUGCCUCAGCCCAUGGGAAACCAACCAAUGGGUUUGAUGUUUUGCGUCUUUACCUGACAUGGAUAUCUGUCUGCUGCAUUCAGCCAGUGCAUGUUAUUUAGAACAGACAUGUCUUUGAUCGUGUCGAUAUACCCCUUCUACUACUUUUUUUUUCCUUUUUGGUCAAUUAGCCCCUUGUAUGAGGCAGCUCCUCAUUACUUAGAAAGAUUCGAGCCCUGGAGCGUGGCACGAAUGAGAAAGAGUUGGGACAUGAAUGGUUUAUAAUAUUGAUGAGUCUCCAUUUUACGAUUGGUCACGGCGCUGCUAUUGAGCAGGUCAUCAAUCAGUAGUAUUUGAAUUGAAAUGCGUAUUUGUUUUCAUG